AAGUUGUCAAAAAACGUCAAUUACGUCAAUGCUAUUGUCAUCCAAAAAUAUUUUUGUAUUUUGCCUAUUUUUUUACUUAGUUUUUCCUAGAAUUAUAUAAAGAUCUGGAUUAUUAGUUGCAUUGGAAUAUAAUAAAUUAGUUGGAUGCAUGUAGGUAAUGUCAUACACUGAGCUCGAACAUGGGUACCAAGGGUUGCGGCAGGCUUCUCGUCAACCUCAGUUUUAUGUUGGCGAUGAUGGUAAUCUUGUCCCAAUAAGAUCACCGGGCGAGUUGGAUCUGUGCGACUCGCUGGACCCGCACUGCGAUGGCGGCAAAAAGGUGGUGGUCGGCGUCUGCGCCAUGGCCAAGAAGUCGCAGUCGAAGCCCAUGAAGGAGAUCCUCACCCGCCUCGACGAGUUCGAGUACAUCAAGAUGCUCGUCUUCCCAGAGGAGGUUAUCCUUAAGAAACGAGUGGAAGAAUGGCCAAUUUGUGACUGUCUAAUCUCAUUUCACUCAAAAGGCUUCCCCUUAGACAAAGCCAUUCAAUAUGAGAAGUUAAGGAAGCCUUAUGUUAUAAACAAUCUUCACAUGCAGUAUGAUAUACAGGAUCGUAGGAAAGUUUAUGCAAUAUUAGAGAAUGAGGGUAUAGAAAUUCCGCGAUACGCGGUUUUAGAUAGAGAUUCGCCAGAUCCAAAACAUCACGAAUUGGUCGAAUCAGAAGACCAUGUGGAGGUGAACGGCGUCGUGUUCAACAAGCCGUUUGUGGAGAAGCCAGUGUCUGCGGAAGAUCACAACAUAUACAUUUAUUACCCGACGUCUGCCGGCGGAGGAAGCCAGCGGUUAUUUAGAAAGAUAGGAAGUCGUAGCAGUAUUUACUCUCCUGAAUCUCGAGUUAGGAAAACAGGUUCCUUUAUUUAUGAAGAUUUUAUGCCUACUGAUGGAACAGAUGUAAAAGUGUACACAGUAGGCCCCGACUACGCGCACGCAGAAGCGCGAAAGAGUCCAGCUUUGGACGGGAAGGUCGAACGGGAUUCCGAGGGCAAAGAGAUCAGAUACCCAGUGAUUCUCUCCAACCAGGAAAAGUUGAUAUCGAGAAAGGUGUGCUUGGCGUUCAAGCAGACAGUUUGCGGAUUCGAUUUGUUGAGAGCGAACGGCAAGUCUUUUGUGUGCGACGUCAACGGUUUUUCAUUCGUGAAGAACUCAAACAAGUACUACGAUGACUGCGCGAAGAUUCUCGGGAAUAUGAUCCUUAGGGAGCUGGCGCCAACGCUACAUAUCCCUUGGUCGGUGCCGUUUCAGUUGGACGACCCGCCGAUAGUGCCUACCACCUUUGGCAAGAUGAUGGAGCUGCGAUGCGUGGUGGCCGUCAUAAGGCACGGUGAUAGGACGCCAAAACAGAAGAUGAAGGUGGAAGUUCGACACCCGAGGUUCUUUGAGAUUUUUGAGAAGUAUGAAGGCUUCAAACGUGGUCAUGUGAAGCUAAAGAAACCGAAGCAACUGCAAGAGAUAUUGGACAUCGCUCGGGCUCUAUUAGCCGACAUACAUACGCGCCAUGCUGACCCUGAGAUUGAGGAGAAGCAAGGCAAACUCGAGCAACUCAAAAGCGUACUUGAAAUGUACGGUCACUUCUCGGGCAUCAACCGUAAGGUGCAGAUGAAGUACCAGCCUCGCGGCCGCCCGCGUGGCUCCAGCUCCGACGACGGUAACGCGCCGCCCGCGUACGUAGGCUGCGCGGGCGACCCGUCUCUGGUUCUGAUCCUGAAGUGGGGCGGCGAGCUGACGCCGGCCGGCCGCAUCCAGGCCGAGGAGCUGGGCCGCAUGUUCCGCUGCAUGUACCCCGGCGGCCAGGGGCGCCACAUACCAGGCGAAGGCGGCACCCAAGGCCUCGGUCUGCUCAGACUACAUUCAACGUUCCGUCACGACCUCAAGAUCUACGCGUCAGAUGAAGGUCGCGUGCAGAUGACGGCUGCAGCCUUCGCCAAAGGGCUGUUGGCGUUGGAGGGCGAACUCACGCCCAUUCUGGUGCAGAUGGUCAAGUCAGCUAACACGAAUGGGCUGCUGGAUAACGAUUGUGACUCUUCUAAGGUGCAGAAUAUGGCCAAAGCGCGCUUGCAUGAAGCCAUGCAAGUAGACCGGGAGUUCACGGAACAAGACCGCGCGCGGAUAAACCCUUGCGAAUCGCUCAGUAUCGCAGCGGCGGCCGACUUCGUCAAGAACCCGGCGCGGUGCUGCGCUCAUGUCCAUACGCUCAUACAGAGCCUCGUGCGCAUCGUGCUGGUCAAGAAGGAUGACCCCAAGACCAAGGACUCAAUCCUCUACCACGGCGAGACGUGGGAGCUGAUGGGGCGUCGUUGGGGCAAAAUCGAGAAGGACUUCUGUACUAAGAACAAGACAUACGACAUCUCGAAGAUCCCAGACAUCUACGACUGCAUCAAGUAUGAUCUGCAGCACAACCAGCACACGUUACAGUUUGACCAGGCGGAGGAGCUGUAUAUGUAUGCCAAGUACUUGGCUGAUAUCGUUAUACCGCAGGAAUACGGUCUAACGAUGCAAGAGAAGCUGACGAUCGGCCAAGGCAUUUGCACGCCUCUUCUGAAGAAGAUACGCGCGGAUUUGCAGAGGAACAUCGAGGAGUCUGGAGAGGAGACCGUCAACAGAUUGAACCCCAGUUGUCCUCGCUGCGGCAGGUACAGCCACGGCGUGUCCAGCCCCGGCCGCCACGUGCGCACGCGCCUUUACUUCACCAGCGAGUCCCACGUGCACUCGCUGCUCACCGUGCUGCGCUUCGGCGGGCUGCUGGACGUUCUAAAAGAUGAGCAAUGGCGUCGCGCGAUGGAGUACGUGUCUAUGGUUUCCGAGCUCAACUAUAUGUCGCAGAUCGUCGUCAUGUUGUAUGAAGACCCCACAAAAGAUCCUUGCUCAGAAGAAAGGUUCCACGUGGAGCUGCACUUCAGCCCGGGCGUGAACUGCUGCGUGCAGAAGAACCUGCCGCCCGGGCCCGGCUUCCGCCCGCACAGCCGCAACCACUCCACCACCAACAACUCGAGCUCAUCAGACGAAGUCAAAUGCAUAGAAGAAGAAAGCGAAGAUGACCAAAUGGCCAGCCAGGAGACCUUACAGCCAGACAAUCCUGACGAACUGGACAGUACAUUUUCACCUAAGAAGGUUUCCAAGUCGAAAAUAAGGCCUUCAGAUCCUAUACCAAUUUGCAAUCUACACUACACGGUGAGCGGUCACGAGGCGUCGACGCUGGCGGCGCGGCUGACUGCCGAGUUGCGCGCGCGCACGCACCCGCACGACGCGCUUCCACAUGCACAGAGUGAAGAAAAAGAGCCGAAAGAAGUAGAAGAGCCGCAGCCUCGGGCUCGCAGCUACGACCAGCACAAGCAGAGCCACGACAACGACGGCGCGGGCGCGGCGGCCCCAGGGCAGGCGCCCCCAGGGCGGCGCCAGCGGCACAGCAUCGCCGGCCAGAUGAGCUACCUGAAGAUGCUGGGGCUGGGCGCGCGCGGCAAGCUGUCGGGCGCCGCCGGGCUCUUCAGCACCGCCGUCAUCUCUGGCUCCAGCUCCGCGCCCAACCUGCGCGUCAUGAUCCCCUCCGCCGCCGCCACCAACAUCGCGGCACUCGAGGGCUUCGGCGGCGUGCCGGCGAUCCGUCCGCUGGAGACGCUACACAACGCGUUGUCGCUGCGGCAGCUCGACGCCUUCCUUGAGCGAGUCACAGCCGCGCCCGUGCUGCCGCCGCCGCCGCCCAAGCGGCCCUCGCCCACCAACAGCGUAGGGUGGAGUGGUCCGUCUUCACUGAUGUCGUCAUCAGGCGAGCUACCGAGCGGGCUGUCGUCCGCCGGGCCCUCCUCUCCCAACUCUACCUACGCGCCCUCUGACCAGAAGAACAAUUCCGACAGUAGCAAUUGGAGUAAAAAUGUGUCCGGCAAGCUCCCCCAGUGGGACGGCGAGGCCGCCACACUGUGCCUCGACGCCGCCCCGCUCGCGCUGCGCUCCAAUCCACCAGGUUCGUCUAUUAGCGGGGACGUGACGCCGGUGUCGCUGGCGUCGGAGCUGGACUUCAACAGCAACGAGGCCACCGCCGGCUCCAUCACUGAUCACGAUCUGUUGAGCGCUGAGGGCGAGGACGACGAGGAAACUUUAUCUGUGGAUCCCAACGAAGCUCCGCUAAAGUUGAUCAAGAACGACCUCAGUCCGCUAAAGUUCAUCGCACCAGAACCACCCACGGCUGGUUGCAGCCGCACUCCAGACUUCUACGGCCUCAACGCGCACCAGACCAAGGAAACCUUCCACAAAGACAUGCCGUCCAGCAGCAAGAACUACAACCUAGAGACCGACGUCAAAAACAAAUGCUCCAAAACCGACGUGUGCACAGAGCCAUCGACGCAAAGCAAUAACGAUGGCGCCAAUAAGAAAAACGACACACUCAACAAUGGAAGUAGAAGAUAUAGCGACAGUAGCGCACACAAAAGUAACAUUAGUUCACAAGCGGUGGUCGCGGGCAGUAGGUUCACGACCACUUUAGUUACGGAAGAUACUUUGAAAGCGGGUACGUCGAGUAAGUCUAACAGUAAUUUGCCUAACCUAGCAGAAGUCGAGCCAGCCGAGCCGCUGCUCACCAAAGCCAAUAACGUCACAGUCAAGGCUGGCUUCAAUAUUGAGGAUUCAUAAACUUUUCGCAAUUAGAUACUCUGGGUAGUGAGAGUUAAUAUAGCAAAGCUGUAUGAAGGAUUUUGAUAAUGAUAUUUUUUACAACAAUCUCAUUUAUUGGUGAAUAUAAUCUAACUAAAAAUAAUGUUUUAUUAUAGAAACAUAAAUUAGUGGAAUAUUUAUUGAAGCUAAUUGAAGGAUUCUAACAGUAUGAAAUCAAACAAAAGUAUUUUAACAAAGUAAACAUUUUCAGAUUGUGAACACCGACCAGAGCCAACAGAAGCUUAGUAACGCAAUAUGCAAUCAAAUGCUUUUAGGAUGCAAAUCAUAUCAGUGUUUCUCAAAACACAACUCUUAUGUCAUAUACUUUGUAAAAUUAGUAUAAGGAUUUGAAAAAUAAAAUGUAUUCUUCAUAA